GUCAAAACCUAAUUCUUUCCAUCGCAGUAUCGCUUAACGUUUCCCAUAUCAUCAAACUCUCUCAGGACCAAAGCUGCUGAGCUCUCUACCUCUUGUGGCAGCCACUCUAAUUUGCUUCAACAGCGCAGCUCGAACUCUUUCUAAAUUAAGGUGAUUUGCUUGGACGUAUAUUGAUAAUUACCUAUAUGGCUGGCAAAGAUUCAAAAAGUUCGAGUUCUAAGGGGAAAAAGAAGGAAGUAAAGAAAGAGACUGGUCUAGGUCUUUCUUACAAAAAAGAUGAAAACUUUGGGGAGUGGUAUUCUGAGGUGGUUGUUAGUGGUGAAAUGAUUGAGUACUAUGACAUCUCUGGUUGUUACAUUCUGCGACCAUGGGCAAUGUCCAUCUGGGAGAUUAUGCAGAGCUUUUUUGAUGCUGAAAUUAAGAAAAUGAAGAUCAAGAAUUGCUACUUCCCACUUUUUGUGUCUCCUGGAGUCCUACAAAAAGAAAAGGACCACAUAGAGGGUUUUGCACCCGAGGUUGCUUGGGUUACAAAAUCAGGAGAGUCUGAGUUGGAAGUCCCUAUUGCAAUUCGUCCAACUAGUGAAACGGUUAUGUAUCCAUAUUUCUCGAAGUGGAUAAGAGGACAUCGUGACUUGCCUUUGAGACUCAAUCAGUGGUGCAACGUUGUGCGUUGGGAAUUCAGCCAUCCUACUCCUUUCAUAAGAAGCCGUGAGUUUCUAUGGCAAGAAGGGCACACUGCUUUUGCAACCAAGGAGGAGGCAGAUGCUGAGGUUCUUGAUAUUUUGGAACUAUAUAGACGGAUAUAUGAAGAAUACUUGGCUGUUCCUGUCACCAAGGGAAAGAAAAGUGAGCUUGAGAAGUUUGCUGGUGGACUUUAUACAACAACUGUUGAGGCUUUUAUUCCAAACACUGGUCGUGGUAUACAAGGUGCAACUUCACACUGCUUAGGACAGAACUUCGCAAAAAUGUUUGAGAUAAAUUAUGAAAAUGAGAAAGGAGAAAAAGCUAUGGUCUGGCAGAAUUCAUGGGCGUACACUACCAGAACGAUUGGAGUGAUGAUCAUGGUUCAUGGUGAUGAUAAAGGGUUGGUGAUGCCACCAAAAGUUGCAGCAAUUCAAGUGAUUGUCAUACCGGUGCCUUUUAAGGAGGCUAAUACACAAGGGAUCUUUGAUGCUUGUGCUACCACUGUUAAAAAGUUGAAUGAAUCUGGUAUUCGUGCGGAGGCAGACUUCAGAGAUAACUAUUCACCUGGGUGGAAAUAUUCUCACUGGGAAAUGAAGGGGGUUCCUCUUAGGAUUGAAAUAGGACCCAAAGAUCUUGAAAAAAACCAGGUAAGAGCUGUCAGGCGUGACACUGGCUCUAAAGAUGAUAUCCCAAUGGAUAGCAUAGCUGAACAAGUAAAAGACUUGCUCGCCACUAUUCAACAAAAUCUCUUUGAUGUCGCAAAACAAAAACGAGAUGCCUGCGUCCAGGUUGUGAAAACCUGGGACGAGUUUGUGAAAGCUCUGAACCAAAAGAAGUUGGUCUUGGCUCCGUGGUGUGAUGAAGAGGAUGUUGAGAAGGAUGUGAAGACACGGACGAAAGGAGAGAUGGGUGCAGCAAAGACGCUAUGUUCUCCAUUCGACCAGCCUGAGCUACUAGAAGGAACCUUGUGCUUUGCCUCGGGCAAACCUGCGAAGAAAUGGACUUACUGGGGCCGAAGUUAUUGAUACGGUUGAUUAUACAGUUGGAUUAUUUACUAGAUGACUGUCUCAGACGACUAUAUAGUUUAUCUUCUACUUUAGCACUUCGAAACCGUUUUGACAGGUUUUUUUUUUUUUUUUUGCCCAGAAUGCUAGUGUCUCUAAGUAAAUUUUUGUAUGAUUGUUUGCAAGAAAGUUGGAUUUAGGAAUCUUGACAUACCAACAACAAGCUCCUAAAGUGGAAGACAAAUCUAAGUAUUUCCUAAGCAUCUUGUUACCAAUCA